AUGGAAAAGUCGAGCAAAGCACUCCCCGACCGGGUCCAGUCUCCGAACUUGGACAAUACCCUGGAAACGAAGAUGUCAGCUUCGGAGCACGAACCUGAGCGUCCUCAGACUACCACUGGAGUCACAGAGACAUGGACCCCUGAGGAAGAGAGACGCUUCCCUGCUCACCCUCCUUACUCCAGGCUCGAUCUCUAUUUGAUGCCCAUUCUCGUCUCCGGUUUCUUCGUCCUGCAGCUCGACCGCAGCAAUAUUAGCAACGCACUCACGGAUACCAUCAAGAAAGACUUGGGACUGACACAAUCACAAGUGAAUGCUGGCGCGUCGUUGAUGCAAGCUGGUAUCGUUAUUGCCGAGCUUCCUGCAAAUGCUCUCCUCCAAAAGGUUGGCGCCCCAGUUUGGCUCACUGCUCAGGUCUUCUGCUUCGGUAUCAUCAGCCUCGCCCAGGCCUGGUGCAAGAACAGCGACAAUUUUCUCGCCACCCGCUUUAUCCUCGGUCUUUUCGAAGCAGGAUACAUCUUUGGAGCGCAGUACAUGCUAUCUCUCUUCUACAGAGAGAAGGAACUCGCGUUACGAACAGCUAUAUUUUACUUUGGGAACUACUUCGCGGCGGCCACUGGGUCGCUCAUAGCGGCCGGGGUUCUCCAACUCGGGGGCCGCAUGGGCUACGCUGGCUGGCAAUGGCUUUUUAUUAGUAAGAUUGGCACCAUCUACUCGGGAGUACUUCCUGCGCAGAUGAGUUUGAUCGAGACUGACAACUUCAUUAGUCGAAGGCUCUGCUCGCUGUUCAUCUUCCUUGUCCAUGUGGCCUUCUUGCCCUGGAGCCCGACCUGCACUACACCUAUUCACAAACGUUGGGACUUUUUCACGGAAAGAGAGAGGGAAGUUAUGCGUUCACGUCUGAUCGUUGAUGAUGCGUCCAAGCAAGAGGCUAGAGCGCAGCUCACCUGGCGUUCCUACUUGGCCGCGCUGACCGACUUCCGUUUAUGGCUACACCUUGUCUUCAACAUACUCGCUCUCGCCCCAAAGGGAGGCCUGCAAGUCUAUGGGCCCAGCAUCAUCAAGUCCCUUGGCUUCGACACUACCCGCGUGAACCUCCUCAACUCCGUCAGCAGCUUCGCAGUAGUCGUCUUGUCUUUCGCCAUCUCAUUCGCCUCGGAAGCCACCCACCUGAGAGGUCCAUGGUGCAUUGUUGCAUCGAUCUGGUCCAUUGCCUUCGCUGGCGUGAUGUUUGGUUUGCCCGUCUCUGCCGGUAAAUGGACUAAAUACGCCGUCUUUACCCUUCUCAUGUCAGGCAAUGCGCUGUCACAAGGCUUGAAUGAUGCAUGGCUCAACAUCAACGCGCGCUCCGCAGCUCGUCGCAGCGUGGGACUUGCCCUCGUAGUCAUGGGAAGCAAUCUUGGUGGCCUUAGUGGAGCUCAGCUGUUUCAGGCCAACGACUCUCCCAGGUACACCAAUGCGUGGCUAGCCAUCAUUCUGCUCUAUAUCGGGAGCAUCAUCAUGGCUGGCAUCAUCAUGGUCGUAUACUGCACUCGUGAUGGUACUCGAGUGCUAGCGGUUGGGAAUGGCGCCGAAGUCGUGCUGGUUAUAAAGGUCGUGGUGACUGAUGUGGACGAGGUGGUGGUGGCGUCGACGGUGGUCGGGGAUGAUGCGACGGAGGACGAGCUGGAUGAGGAUGACGAAGAGGAAGAAGUCGAGCUGGAGGAAGACGAAGAGGAAGUCGACGACGAGGAAGACGAGGAAGAUGAGGAGGAUGAGGAGGAAGAUGAGGAUGAGGAGGACGAUGAGGAUGAAGAUGACGAGGAAGAUGAUGAGGAAGAUGAUGAGGAAGUUGACGAGGAGGAUGACGAGGACGUCGUGGUGGUAGGCUGUUCGGUUGACACCGAUGAACUGCUGCUUAUCGAGGACGAUGUUGAGCUGGAGCUGGAGGAGCUAGUCUCCGUACUCGAGGACGACGAAGAUGUCGACGUGCUCUGA